GUGAAACGUGUUGUUUUGGUCUUCGUUUAGUUUCGUUUUGCCUGUCGCAGGCAGAGGAAGGAGGAAGGAGCUAGGAGCUAGGAAGGAGGAAGGAAGGAAUAGUGGAGGGGGGGUCGCUCUCUACUUUGUUUUGCUCAGCACGCGCUGAACUUUGGUCCGAUCGGCCGCGUGUUGUCGUCGUCGUCGUUGUUGUUGGUUUACGGGAGUGCGGAAGCGUUCCUCCUCCUCCUCUUCCUCCUCCUCCUCGACAGCAGCUGCUGGAAACGAAACUUUCAGGACCGACCUCACCAUGUUCAACCUUUGACGGCGACUUCAGAAGAACGAGUGAUGGAGGGCGGUGUGCCGCGGCUGGAGGAGGACGAGUUUGCGUGCUCCGGGAUGCUGCGCGGGGUCCUGAGCUCCCUCCACGCCACCGUGGAGCGGAUCUUCGGCGUGGCGUUCACGAUCGGGGCGGACGACCCGUCGGCGAGCGGCAACGAUGGGCAGAUAUGGCUGAAGCUGAGAGGGCCAGGCUGCCGCGUGGGCGCCGCCAAGGUGUUCGUGAGAGGCCUGGUGAACCAGGAGGAGCGGCAGCAGGUGUCUUACCCCGCCGCGCUGCACUGCAUCUUCUGCGGCGCCCGCGGGCUGUUCAUGGACUGCCUGACCAGAAACACAGCGGCCAGGAUCAGGGUCAGCUCCCCGGGACUCCUCUUCAUAUCGGGUCUGGCGGAGCCGGUGGUGCGAGCCUACUCCCUGAUCACUGACCUGGUGGAGCGGUGCGAGGGGACGCCGUCCGGGCGCCCCGAGGCCCCCGACCGGGGCCCCGCCGAGUCUCUGGAUUCGCGCCGGGCGUUCAAGACUCUGGUGGAGGAACGGGAGGACAAUCACAUCCUGGACCUCCUCGUGCUGCCGGGGUCCGUGAAGGAGAUCCUGCUGGACUUGGUGAGAGAAUCCGGUCUCGAGUCGAGCCCCGGGCCGGCGCCGACGGACGGACGGGCGGAGUCAGACGACGAGGACCCGGAGGUCGUAUGGGUCAAACCGUACGCGCCUCCUGAGCCCGCCAGGACGACAGAGCGGUGGGUGGAAGGUGUGACUGCGAGUCCAGAGAAAGACCCGGAGGACUCCUUAUUCCGGUCCGGGUCCGGAGGCACCAGAGGGAGGGCCGAGGGAGGACCGGCGCCUUCUCCUCAGGAGGCGGGAGGAGAGCAGCAGGAGUCGGGCAGCGAGACGAAGGAGCCGGCGGUGGGAAACAAGGAGUUCUGGCUCCUUCUGAAGUUCUUCACGGCCAUGGGGUACACGGAGGACGUGGUGAAGCGGGUCAUCGCCCGGACCGGACCCAAAGAGGCCUCGGAGAUACUGGACGUGGUUCAGCAGGAGCAGGAUCGCAGCGACCGCCAGCAGGCGGGCGGCGAAGAGGAGGAAAUGGAGGAGGAGGAGGAGGAAAUGGAGGAGGAGGAGGAAGAGGAGGAGGAGGGCGGCGAAGAGGGCGGGCACGAGGAAGACUUCGUGCUGGGCGUGGUGAAGAAGGCGGCCGCCAGCUGCGGGUACAUGGAGCAGGAAGUGGCCAAGGUCUACGGCAUGUUGCCCGAGCGCUCCACGCACCGGCUGCUCCUGGAGCUGCAGAGGGAGGCGGCGAGGGAGGCGGCGCUGGGCGGGGGCGGGGAAGCGGAGCUCAUCGGAGCGGCGGAAAAGAGGAAGUCCGAAGGGCCCGACGUCGCCGCGGCCGAGUUUAAUAAGUUCCGUGAACUCCCGGAGCCUCGGACGCCGCGCCCAGUCGUCGCCCCCGAGGUGAAAGGCCCGCCCACGGCGUCGUAUCCCUCCGCCCCCGAUCUCCCGCUCGCCAACGUCCAAUCCGACAAACAUUACGGGCAAAGCGACUUCUGGCCCGAUCGCUUCACCUCGAAACCCGACCCCCCGACCCGAGGCCGCGUCCCGGACCCCGAACCCCAGCCGUCGCCCGCCGUCUUAAAACAAGCGUUUCAAGCUCCUCCUCCUCCUCCUGCCUUCUUCUUCGCGAGGAAUGACUCGCCCCCCCUCCGAGCGAGGGAGAGGCGGGGCUUCGGCUCCUCCGUGGUGGUGACGGGGGAGCAGCGCUUCCUGGAAGGCCUGCGGGUGACCUUCGACCUCCGGCUCACGGACAAACCCGGCGACCCGACAUUGAGGAUGGUCGUCAUCGACGGGAGCAACGUGGCCAUGAGUCACGGCUUGGGCAACUUCUUCUCCUGUCGAGGGAUCGCUCUGGCGGUCCAGCACUUUUGGGACCGAGGCCACCGGGACAUCAGCGCCAUGCUGCCACAGUGGAGACAGAAGAGCGACCCCAAGAACAAAGAGCAGCACUACCUGAGCGAGCUGCAGCAGCUGGGCCUGCUCUCCUACACGCCGUCCAGAGAGGUGCUGGGCAAGAGGAUCAGCUCGUACGACGACCGGCUUAUGCUGCAGCUCGCGCAGAAGAAAGACGGAGUGAUCGUAACCAACGACAACCUGAGAGACCUGUUGGACGAGUCCGCCGUGUGGAGGGACAUCAUCAAGAAGAGAAUUCUCCAGUACACGUUUGUCGGGGAUCUCUUCAUGGUGCCGGACGACCCUCUGGGCCGAGGAGGGCCUCACCUGGAUAACUUCCUGCGCUCCGAGCACAGGACUCCGGACCCAGGAAACCGCUCUUUCGCCGGCGUGGCCACCAUGUUCCCGUCCUCCACGCCUCCUCCGUGCUCCCAAACGGCGCUCCUGAACUUCCGCGACCGGACGCUAGAGGGCGCGCUGACGAACGGAGCGGCGUUCGGCGGCGGCCGGGGGAAAGGGAAAGCACAGGCAAAAGGGUGGGGUCCGGGACACCUGCUGGGGGUCAGGGCGGACAGGACCCCCCAGGAAACGGCCAGCCUCCGGGAGCAGCUCCGGCAGGUGUUUCCCGGCCAGGACCACGCGGUGGCGCUGGUGCUGCGGGGCCACCCGGCGCAGACGGACAUGAACGUGCUGUCGGAUCUGAUCCUGGAGCAGUGAAAGGACGUCUUGUCGUCUCGAUGUUUAAUCCGGGGGAUGUUUGUCUUCUAAUUUAAAGCGAUUGUUUUCCAGCAGAGCGACUGCGACUAAUCACCCUGGCUAACUGUUGUUGUUCUUAAGCCGGGAGUUCAGAAAAAAGAGACCGUGUCAAGCUGGCGUGGACGAGUUUUCCCUCCAGCAAGAGUCCUCCAUUUUUAUUCUGAAGUCACCAUCAUCGCCUCAGGACAGGCGAGAAAAGAUUUAAAGAUUUAAAGAGAGAGAGAGAGGUUGGACUCCUUUGAUCAGCUGUUUUUAUGUCUAUUUUAUGUCUCCAACUAUUUUACUCCCUCUGCACCUUUUGAGUUAUGAUCAAAUAUCCGAGAAAAAAAACGACGACAUUCCCGUCCGCCACUCGCCCGUAACCAUGACAGCGAGGUCAUCGCCGGGCGGUUUAAAGCGUGGUUCAUUCCACCAGAGUUUCCUCUCGUUGACCAACCAGUCAAGUUAAUAUUGAGCGAGUUUUUACAGGAUUUCUAUCUUUAAGAAACGUUUUUUUAUUUUUUAAGAACAUGCUAUAUAUGCUAUAUAUUUUAUUUUUUUAAUCUGUUUUAUUAUAAGCCGCUGUAUAGCUACCGGUUUGUAAAGAACAUUGCAGACAACGAGAGGGGCUGGCUGUCGUCGUGGGGUUGGAUGUCAUUUUGCAGCUUUACAAUAAUACUAAAAAACGAUCCUACAAUCUCCUAUAUACGCUUAUUUUAUAUAUAUAUAAUUUAUUUCAAGCAGGUCUGAUUACUGGCAUGAUUUUAGACCGUGAUCGGGGGAGGGGGGGCGACCCAGAAGAUGCCAGCGAGUUAAUCUUUGGGACCGAAGAUCAGAUUCACAGGAAACUCUGUUCACUGAGUGAAUCGUCUUAUUUUGGUUGUUUAUAUUUGUACAUUUUGAGAGAUUAAUGCUGAUUCCUGCCUUUUUGUUGUUGUUUUCCAUUAAGCUUUUUCUUCAUUAAAAAAAAAGUCUUAAAGUA